CAGUUUCACACUCGUACUUCUCCCGCGAGCUGCAUCCAGUAUCGGUCACCCCACGGAAUUCGGAAAACUUUGUAGGAAUUUUUAAAAUUCCAGAGCGGAAUUCUUGCAGUUGCGAUUAUUUGGAACGCUAAGUAGUGGCUUAAUGUCGGCGUCUAAUGUGUAAAUUAUCGUGUAAUUUAGGCGUCAUGCAGUGGGCAACGGUUGUGAUACUUUUCAGUCUUGUUUGUUCAGUUACAUUAGCAGAAGAAAAUGAUGGCACGCCAUCUCUUCGGGUUUUAGCAAGAUCAUCCGUGUAUAAUGCUGGAGAGAAAAAAGCUAUUUAUUGCAAGGGACAAAAUCUCCAACAGAGUUUAGAAUGGUAUUCACCCUCGGGUGAACCAGUCGAGGGUCGAUCUACCAAAAACACCAGAGUAUACGUAGAAAGGCAGAAGAAUGAUACACUAUUGCCUCUGAUUAUUCACAGUAUAAAGGUUGAAGAUAGUGGCAACUGGACCUGUAAAUCCGGCGACCUCAAUGAAACCAUUGAAAUUCUGGUUGGAGAAAAAGUUAAUAUUUCCAAUCGUUAUGAAAGCUUCGAAGGUGAAGAGGGUAAAUCGGCAAGAUUAAACUGUGAGGCAAAGGGAAAGCCACAACCUGUUGUUCAAUGGUACAAAGAUAUCGAAGUUAUAUCAGAUAAAUCCAAAAAGUAUGUCGUGAGGAAGAAGGGGGAUAAUUACCAACUAGAAAUUAAGGAUCUAAAUCAUCAAGAUACUGGUGAAUAUGUAUGCAAGGUCACGCAAAAUGCUCUGCGAUAUUAUACUGAUAAACGUGUACAGCUCACCGUUCAACAUAAGCCAAUUCUUUUUAAUAGUGACACUGAAGAAAUUUAUUCUUCAACAUACAGGACCGAAGAAGUUUAUGCCAUUUUGAACGAAACUAAGAAUAUUUCAUGCAGUGCAAUUGCUCACCCUACUCCAACUUUUAGUUGGUCUAGGCGACAUGAAAAUGAAUUCGAUGAGCCUAUUGAAGAUGAGGAGAAGGUAUUGACGUCUCCAAGUGGCAAUGUGUCUGUUCUUGUGCUCAGAAUGCAUGAUGAAAAUUUAUACGGAGAGUACAAGUGCACUGCAAAAAAUCCUAAGGGACAAGCUUCGGUUGUGUUCCAUGUCACAGAAGGCAACAAACCUAAUCCACCUGAUCAUGUCAGUGUUUAUGCGUCUAAUGUCAGCACAAUCACAUUUAACGUAACUUGUUCAACGUGUAAUAUGGAUUUUGAGGAAGAUAAGGCCCCAGAUCCAGCUAACCUUGUUGUUAAUGGUUACUCGUUCGAGUUAGUGCCAGUACGAGCUGAUUACCCUCCACAAUGGGACGAGGCAUUAUUUUUCGAUGCCGAUAUUCUAUCUCCUAAUGACACGUUGUUCACGGUUGGCGAGCUACCGAACAGCACAACUUUUCACGCCCGAGUUCGUACACGCAAUGCAGCCGGCCACUCUGAAUGGGUGGACAUCAUAUCUUCCAAUAUUAAAACUACUAGCAAUGCCAUUAAAUUAUUUGCCUCCUUUACUGUGCUUUUUGCCAGCCUUUUAGCUAUUGGAUGUAAUUAAUUAAAAUUUUAAAUGGCCCUGCAUUGAAAUAAAUAAAAAUUACUUUCAGUUUUUGAAUUAUGUAAGAACCUAAAAUUUAUUAAUUUGAAUGAAAUUUACGAGUAUAUUUACAAUUACUUAAAAGUUUUUGGCGUUAAAAAUUAAGUAUUUCAAAACAGGAGAAAAGUUUAUUAUUAAAUUAUUAAUAAUUAUCUUAAAAAGAAGAUUAAGAACGAUUUCUCGUCUAGUCGUUAUAUUAUAAAUACAGUAACAUGUUUAUAUAUUGUGUUUCAAGUCAGAUUGAAGUCAGAUUAUUUAAUCAAUUUCAAUUAAAUGCAAUAAGUUUUCUGAAUUAAUUGAAUAAUUUUUAAACAUUUUACCCUGUUUGUAAAUAUUAUGCAGUUCUGGUAAAUGUAAUGUCUAUUAUUGCAAAUUGCAUUAAUGUUUAAUCUAUAUAAAUCGCCUAAUUCUUUUAAAUAGGUAUAAACAGUAAAGUUACUCAACGUAGAAAUAAAAAACAAAUUGAGUUAAAUUAAGCAUGUUAUAUACUAUAAUAUGAUUCUAUACCUAUGUGUGAAAAACCUUUAUACUUCACGUAUACAAUAACUAUUACGUCCAUGAUUUGCUUGAGAAAAAAUAAAUGUCGCAAGGUAAAAUUAUUAAUCAGUAAAAUAAUUAUAUCAAAGUAAUUACAAUAGUUUGUUUUAUAGUAAGUAGAACACAUGAUAUGAUGAUUUUUUUAAUGAUUUUAUUUUACGAAUAAACUAUUUAAGAAUUAAAAUUAAUUGUAGAGAUUACAGUACCGUAUUAAUUUGUAUUAAAGACUAAAAUAAUAAAAUAGAGUAAACAUGCAGAACGUACAGAAAAGGUGAAACCAACUAAAGGAGUAACAAAAAAGCAUUUCACAUUUUGACUCUGUAUAAUAUAAGUAGUUAGAAUUGUUUAUUUUUUACUACGGGUAGAAUACGCUUUCUGAUGCGGCUGAUUGGUGUUGUGGGAUAAAUAGUUUUUGGUACUGCCUUAGCUGGCUUCACCCGUUACUAUUUACCACAGAAUAAAUAAUAUGCUAAUACGUAAUCCAUCUAUCUCAUUAUUUUCUUCUAAGAUAAAAUACUACGGUGUGAAUAAUAAACUGUGUAACAGUUUAAAUAACUACAAACUGUAUCUUAUUUUUAAAGCGUUAUACUUAUUAAAAACUUAUGUUACAUGCUAUUCUGUAAAAUAUUUAAUUCAUUCCAAUAAUUUUCUAAGUUACUUUUAAUUGUGAAUGUAGAUAUUCCUAUUGUUUUAACUUUAUUGUUUUUAACAUAACCAUACAUAAAUUAUAGACAUAUAAUAUAUAUACACAUAUAAUAGCUAUUUAUAGUUAAACUGUGACAAUAUGAAGACGUUCAGUAAAGUUGUACCAAAUUGGUUCAUUUAUAAAUUAAAUAGUUUGUAUACAUAGCUUAUUAUAUUUCGUAAAAAUAAUUUUACUUAAUUAUUAUACGCCAGAUAUGAUCAAUAAGUAUCGUUUGUCAAUUUUAGGACAUGCUAAAUCUAAUUUGUAGUUUCCUUAAAUUUAGAUAUGAAAUGUAUACAGGAAGACUGAAUUUGCUGUAGAUAUUCUUUCAAUUGCGUUUUUAUAGUUUAAAAAGUUUCUUCUAAAAUAUAUCCUAUACAUUACGCAAAGUAAAAAAUGCUUGAAGCGUUGUAUUAUAAAUUUUGCAGGAUUGCAAAAAAUAUUAUAAUGUUAAUUCAUAAUGAGGAAAAUUCUAUAACACGCCAUCAUAGUUAUUAAAUUAUAAAAGAUCAUUUCGAAAAUGAUUUGUCUUCUCAAGAAUGAUUGUGUACUAAAAAGUUGAAAUUUAAUUCAUUGUUUAAUUAAAGAUUUUACUGUCGUUACAUUGACUUAAAUUACAGUGUUACAUAAUAAAUUUGUAUAUAUGUUAGAAUUCUACUUCAAUAAUACACAGAUUGUGAAGUUUAAAAUACACAUAAUCUGCCUCUAAUAAAAUGGUUUACACAUUUAUGUUGUUUUAAUUAUUUGUGUUUUUAUAAAAGAUUAUGA